AAACCACACCACUCACGCACACUUCAAUCGCACAUCCAUCCGACCGCAUCAGUCGCAUACUUUACACGCACGAAAUUUUAAACGACCAACUACAUCACAAUGUCUGCCCAGCCUGCGGACCAGAAGAUGGAAGGUGUCCAGGACACCAAGGGCAAGGGCAAGGCCCCCCAGCAGGACGUCAUGGAGGAGUCCGAAGACUCCAGCGACGAGUCUGCUGGCGAAGACCAGGCCGCCGAACCUGAGGAGGCCGACGAGGACAACAUGGAGGAUAUCGAGACAUCCAAUAUCAUCCACGGCAGCCGCACGCGCGGCAAGACAAUCGACUUCGCCAAGGCCAACCAAGAGCUCGAAGGCGAGGACGAUGAGGAUGAGGACGAUGACUUCGUCGACCCGGACGACGAGAUGAAGGACUAAGCGGCGCAAAGGCUGCAAGUCUGGUCUUUUGGUAUGUUUGUCCGGUCUUGCGCGCCACUGUUGCGGUGAGCGGUCUGUGGAGGGGCAACAUACUGAUACGAGCAGGACGAUAUCGACGCGAUCACGAGCCUUCGACGUUGGUACAUCCGGUUGGAUACGGUAGUGGGAUAUGAUACACGGAGUAUUUUGGGCGGCAUUGGGUAGCGGACAGACUCUUGUUAACAACAA